AAAUCAGACAAAGCAUUUCUUUUGCUGUGUUUAAUUAUGUUUAUCUUCGCACAGAAAUAGAAAAAGCAAGAACGCAAUACAAGACAAAGGAAUGAUGAAGAAGAAGAAGCAAAAGCAAAAGUGGCUGCAGUAGUGCCAGCGAGCAUGUCCUUUCAACAAAAAGCAGGGGGCGCGGAUGUGAUUUGAUCCACACCAAGGGGCCAUUUACGUAAAAAGGAAACUGAGAUAAAGAGAAUCAAUGAAUGAAUGAAUGAAGCUCACCAUCAUCAUGAUCCAAAACACUGUUUGAGAUUCAGUGGUGGUUUUAAUGGGAAUGGUUUCUGAGAACCCUUUUGCUUUUUCUAACCGUUCUCCUAAGCUCUGCAACUCCUUCACCACUCGUAUCUUUUCGGAUGUUGCUGGGGACAUUACAAUCGUUGUCGAUGGAGAAUCCUUCUUACUUCACAAGUUUCCAUUGGUGUCUCGAAGUGGAAAGAUUCGGAAAAUGGUUGCAGAUGCCAAGGAUUCAGCUGCAAAAUUGGAGCUCCACAACAUACCAGGAGGACCACAGGCAUUUGAACUUGCAAUGAAAUUUUGUUAUGGCAUGAACUUUGAGAUCACAAGCGGAAAUGUUGCCCAUCUUCGCUGCGCUGCUGAAUACUUGGAAAUGUCUGAAGACUAUAGGGAUGAAAACCUUAUUGAGCGAACAGAGAUUUACCUGAAUGAUGUUGUAGUUCAAAGUCUUGAGAAGUCAGUGGAAGUCCUCACCACCUGCCAAACACUACCUCCUAUAGCCGAGGAGGUUGGAAUUCCAAGCAGAUGUGUGGAGGCUAUUGCCACCAAUGCUUGUAAGGAACAAUUGAUGUCAGGGUUGUCUAUGUUAAAUUGUGAUGGUGAAUCUCCUGAGCUUAAGAGUGGUUGUCUCGAGUGGUGGGUUGAAGAUCUCUCAUUGCUAAGGAUCGAAUACUAUCAGAGGGUUAUUUUUGCCAUGCAAAGAACAGGUGUUCGACCAGAUAGCGUUGUUGCAUCUUUAAUGCAUUUUGCUCAAACAUCCUUAAAGGGUAUUGGAAAAUGUCAAGUUUGGAAAAAGCCAGAUAGCUUACCAGAACAUGACCAAAGGACUAUUGUGGAAACCCUUAUAAGCUUAAUGCCAACAGAGAAAAGCUGUUCGGUGCCACUGAGUUUUAUGUUUGGAAUGCUGAGGAUGUCAAUCAUGGUGGAUGCUGCAAUUGCCUGCAGGCUCGAGAUUGAAAGGAGGAUUGCUUACAGGUUGGAGAUGGUUACACUAGAUGAUAUCCUUAUACCGUCCAUUUUUGCAGGGGGUUCACUGUAUGAUGUUGAUACCGUUCAUCGAAUACUGGUGAACUUCCUACAGCGGAUUGAAGAAGAAGAAGAUGAAGACUGUGGAUAUGAGUCGGAAGGCAUUGCUAAUUCUCCGAGCCAUGGUUCAUUGUUGAAAGUUGGACGGCUUAUUGACUCAUAUCUAGCUGAAAUUGCUCCUGACCCAUACCUCAGCUUGCAAAAGUUCGUUGCUAUGAUUGAAGUACUGCCUGAUUAUGCUCGAGUCAUCGAUGAUGGACUUUACAGGGCGGUUGAUAUAUAUUUGAAGGUACAUUCAAUGCUAACUGAACAAGAAUGCAAGAAGCUCUGCAAGUUUAUAGACUGUCAAAAGCUCUCUCAAGAAGCCUGCAACCAUGCUGCACAAAAUGAUCGGCUCCCAGUACAAAUGACAGUGAGGGUUCUGUAUUUCGAGCAGGUCCGAUUGAAGACUGCACUGUCAGGAAACUCAGGAGAUGGGUUUGUCUCGCAGAGAAUAAGCAGCGGGGUACCAAGUGCAGCCAUGUCCCCCCGAGAUAACUAUGCUUCAUUGAGGAGAGAAAACCGAGAACUGAAGCUGGAGAUCUCAAGAAUGAGAGUGAGGCUGAGCGAGUUGGAGAAAGAGCAGUUGUUUAUGAAACAAGGAAUGAUGGACAAGACAGGAAAUGGCAAAACUUUCUUGACCUCAAUAUCUAAGGGGAUUGGAAAAAUGGGAAUUUUUAGUGGUCAAGCAGGAGGUAAACGACAGAAAUCGAGUAGGAAGUCCCGGGGAUCGGAGGGGAAAACUGGUAGGGGUAGGAGGCACUCUCUUUCCUAGGUAACUUAGAAAGUUUUGAACCUGUAGAAGUUCAUUUUCAAUGUCAUCGUUGCACUGGCACAUGGAUUGGUUGAGCUAGUUCCUGCUCAUGGUCUCACUUGUGAAGAGAGCCUGGAGUUUGUACUACAAUUCUAACCAAGAGGUAGGUUGACCAUGAAUUCCAUCUUAUGUAUGAUCUAAAUGUUGUACGAGUAGCUACAUUGAUCUUUGAAAUGCACUUCUUUUGCAAAGUCUC